AUGAUUGUCUUUCAGUACACAUGGGAUGCAGCCAACACCCGACACUUUGGUUACCAAGGAGAUGAUAACAGCGAACAAAUGAAUCGGACUGGUGUUUACGAUAUUUACGUAGUCGGGAAAAGGACAACAUGCAGUAAGCAAGCUGGUAUGGCGAGGGGCAGCGGCUCAAAACACGAUCCAUAUACCUUGCUCAUUUACGUUGGCAAAAAGAAAAACGUUACCGACAAACAAAACUGCUAUAUUGAGCCAUCAGCCAGUGGCAUGUACAGUAUCCAAGUGUCUGUACAGAAAUUACCAUAUUUGCUGACAGCUGAAGAUCGUGUGUUCAGCCUGUUUUGUGAUUUCAGGCACUUAUCCAAACAAUCGACUAUUGGACUGGAUACUGUUCAUAUCAUGGGCAAACCACCGACAGAUAAUCCUGAAAUGGAAACAUCACAGGGUAGAUUAUUUAUUCCGGGACUGUACUCAAGUGACACGCCGAAGAAUCUACCCUUAGGAAAAAAUAUACGUCUUCAAGCAGAGGUUACUGAUUCCGGCGCAAAAGGCAUCCACGUGACUAAUUGCAAGGUUUCUCCUGAACCAAAUAAGCAACCAUUGUUGACAUUACUCGACGGCAACGGCUGUUCAACAGAUCUAAAUCUUCUCUCUCCUUUCCAUGGAAUAGACGAAGACGGUUCAGUCGCCCAGAGUGGUCUCUUUCAAAUAUUCAAAUUCACCACCAGCAACACAUUAUAUUUCACUUGCCAGUUGGACUUUUGCUACACGCAUGCCGACCCGUUUUGCGCACAGUCUGUUCCUAUCUCUAUCUAUCUAUCUAUCUAUCUAUCUAUCUAUCUAUCUAUCUAUCUAUCUAUCUAUCUAUCUAUCUAUCUAAAUAAUAGUCACUGUCUUCGGGAGUCGAGUCAUCAAAGAGUGCGACGUGAAGAACCGAAAACUUCCAAUCAAACGGACGAUAUCCAAGUCGCUUCUUUGUUUCUGGUUGUUACAGCCAUGCCAACAAGUAGUUCAACCAGUACAUACAUCAUUCUUCCUAUCUAUCUAUCUAUCUAUCUCACUUUAUUUCCCCCCCUCUUACUCUCUCUCUCUCUAUCUAUCUAUCAAGUUAAGUGGUGA